GGAUACCCUAGCCGCCACACCUAACGACCCACACGAGCACCAAGCCGAGGGGAGGGGCGAUGGCGAGAGGUGUGGUGUCAGCGAAGGGCGGCACGGCCGCGGGCAAGAAGAAGGGGUCGGUCGCCUUCACGAUCGACUGCACCAAGCCCGUGGAGGACAAGAUCAUGGAGAUCGCCUCGCUCGAGAAGUUCCUGCAGGAGCGCAUCAAGGUCGCCGGCGGCAAGGCCGGCAACCUCGGCGAAUCCGUCAUCAUCUCCCGCGAGAAGACCAAGGUCACCGUCACCUGCGACGGGCCCUUCUCCAAGAGGUAUCUGAAGUACUUGACCAAGAAGUACUUGAAGAAGCACAAGGUGCGAGAUUGGCUCCGUGUGAUUGCAGCCAACAAGGACCACAGCGUCUAUGAGCUGCGGUACUUCAACAUUGCUGAGAACGAGGGCGAGGAAGAAGAUUAGACUGCAUUGCACUUAUAUCUCAGUUUUGAACUCAUUGAAUUUGAUACUUGUACCCGUAGUUUUGCAAAUGCCCCCAUGUUAUGCUCUGGUGAAUUUUGGAUGGUUUAUUUAUUUGAAAAAUCUUUGCAUUUGGCUGCUCCUAUAUGAA